AAUAUUAAUGAAUAAAUCAGCCGUCCCCAUCCAAUGGUUAACGUGAGGCUUUUGAAUAGUAAGAAGCAAGCCGUUUUAGUACUAGGAUUGGCAAACGUAAAGUUAGGGAUUGUGGGGGAGGGUCACGUGACGUGUGUACACACACAGCGGAGUUCAGCACCGCUCGAUUCGUAGUAAGAUCAUCAGCGUCCUCCCCUUUCCAGAACAAGCUGUGACCGACCACAGACGUCUGUACGCCGCAUGCAAGUGUGUUUACUUUACAAAUCGGCUCUUUAAUCGAUCGCCUUUAGCUUAUUUGGUUUCACAUGAAGUCCGAGCUAUAUAUGUAGCGCUUUGGGAGCUUUUGGCAAAUUAUCUGAGGAGAAAUGUCAACGGAAAUACAGCAGAACCCGAUGCCUCCGUAGCGCUGUCCCCGUGCCAAGAGCUGGUCCUCUGGACUGGGUUUAGAUUCCUCUGCCUGUAAGGAAAACAAUGUAACAGUGCAAACAAGAUCAGAGAACCUUCAGAAGUUAUUUCACCUCCAGACGAGAGUUUCACCUACUCAAAGUGUUGGGAUUAUACAGAUGAUUCAGAAAAACAGAUUGGACACCUUUGGAAGUCUAGCAAUGUGGAGCUGCAUGGUUUACAACGAGACAGACGACAGCGUGGACCCCCGGCUCUGUCAGGACUUUGGACUCAUUCUGUCAGUCUUCUCUUUGGUGUACCUCAUUGUUUGCUUUCCUGUAGGCCUUUGCUACAAUGCCUUGCUGGUGGUGGUCAACCUUUCCAACAAGGUUACCAUGACCAUGCCCGACGUCUACUUCGUAAACAUAGCCAUCGCCGGCCUGGUGCUCAACCUGGUGGCUCCGGUGGAACUCCUGGGUCCCAAAUUUACACGCUGGCCCAUGUGGGAGUACAACAACGAGACCUACAUCACCCUCCUGAUCCUCUUUAACAUCUCCUCCCUGGUCAUUAUGUACUCCACAACCCUGCUGAGUCUGGACUACUACAUCGAGCGGGCUCUUCCGCGCACUUACAUGUCCAGCGUUUACAACACCAAGCACGUGUGCGGCUUCAUCUGGGGCGGCGCCGUGCUCACCAGCUUCUCCUCGCUGCUCUUCUACGUCUGCAACCACGUCUCCACCAAGAUCAUCGAGUGCUCCAAGAUGCAGAACAAGGAAGCGGCUGACGCCAUCAUGAUGUUCAUCGGGUACGUGGUGCCGGCGGUGGCCGUGCUUUAUGCGUUCGUGCUAAUCCUCCGUAUCAGGAAGGAGUCCACCCCUUUGGACCAGGACUCCGGGAGGCUCGAUCCCUCGAUCCACAGGUUGCUGCUCGCCUCCGUGUGCGUGCAGUUCGUGCUAUGGACUCCGUAUUACAUGACCUUGCUGGUGCACACGGUGGCCGGAGUUCCCGCGAGGCAACACAACUACACGUACUUAUUUCUGAGGUGUUUAUCCGAACUGCUCGCGUUUUUUAGUAGCUUUGCCAUUCCCCUCAUGUACAGGCAAAUGAACAAGAACUUUUCCCAUAAACUCCAGCGGCUACUAAAGAGGCUGCAUUGCAGGGACCAGUCGUGUCCUCACGAACGCUCGGCGAUACAGCAGGUGGUCACAUGAGCGCUUCUGACCUGCCUCUCUCUCACUGGCACUUACUACGAAAGCCACAGAAGUUGAGCCAGCGCUUGAACCUGGAUAUAUAUUGUGUGCUGAAAGGAAGUAUUUCGCUUUCCGCAAGGAGUGGAAUGUGUCUCUGUGAAAUUGUGGAAUCUCCGUAACACUUAACGACUUAACUUUAUUUGUCCAUCUCUGUGGUAAAUGGGCGACCAAGAAGAAACCACUAAGUGCUGUUUUUGUGUAAGCUAUGUCUGUUCUUUUGGGUUCUCGGGCCUGGGGAAAAUGUCAACCCCGGCUGUUGUCCCUUUUGAGUUGAAUUCGUGUAAUGCGUCUAAUCUGUUACAGGAUGUGCAGCAUAGCCUUUUAAUGUGAUGCUUUUAGACCAAUCUGUUCCCUUUUAGCUCAAGGCCAUAUUUCGCUCCAGGCUCUUUCUGUCGUGAUCCACAGCACCAUAAGCUUUUCAGUCUGGAACCGGUCACACUGGUAGAUGCUUGUUGUAAACGCAAUAUAAUUACCUCAAUUUCACACACCAGCGGGCAUUACAUUGGAAUGGUCUAAACAACUUUUAUAGCACCCAGAAAUACCCAGCGAGACUGAUGUCAGGGAGCGGGAAAGAUGUGUGUUUGUGGGUAUGUUCUGGAUUGCUUGCUGCUAAGGUGAUGUGCAUCAUUACUGCACAGCUGCUCGGCCAUAUUAUUCCCAACUAAGAUAAUCUUAAAAAAUCUUUAUAGCUAUUCAAGUAAAAGAUCCUGUUUUAGGUAAGCUAGUUAGAGAUUUAAU